AUGCCCGCCCCAAUCUAUGCCCCAGUGGCUGCCAAACUUCUCGACGCACCAAGCGAAGGAUUGAUCAGCCUUGAGUUGCACGAUGGGGUCGUCUUUCAGGGUUAUAGUUUUGGAACCAAGAAGAGCGUUGCGGGGGAAUUGGUCUUCCAAACCGGCCUGGUGGGGUACCCUGAAUCCAUAACGGACCCUUCAUACCGGGGCCAGAUUCUAGUUAUCACAUUUCCCUUGGUUGGCAACUAUGGUGUCCCCUCGCGAGACACCAUGGACGACCUCCUCAAAGACCUGCCGGCCCAUUUCGAAUCCUCCCAAAUACACAUCGCCGGUUUAGUGGUAGCGUCAUACUCGGGAGAGGACUACUCCCAUUUCCUUGCCACCUCAUCAUUAGGCACAUGGCUAAAGGAACAAGGAGUCCCGGCGAUGUAUGGCGUUGAUACUCGGGCGUUGACGAAAAGAAUUCGUGAGGAGGGAAGUAUGCUAGGUCGCAUGCUCCUUCAGAAGGAGACGGAAACCCUCACAAAUGGGCUCUCUAAUGGCACUUCUGCUGUUACAUCCUCCAAGGACUGGAGAUCUCACUUUGAGGCGAUAGAGUGGUCAAAUCCUAACGAAAAGAAUCUCGUAGCAGAUGUGUCCAUACGAAACCCCAAACUGUAUACACCACCCCCCUCGAGUGCCCUGCACCAUCCCUCUGGCCGGCCAUUACGUGUUUUGUGCCUCGACGUUGGCUUGAAAUACAAUCAAUUGCGCUGUCUCUUGCGACGAGGAGUGGAGGUCUUGGUGUGCCCAUGGGAUUAUGACUUCCCAGCCCUUGCUGGCAAGGAUUAUGAUGGGCUUUUCAUCUCGAAUGGUCCUGGUGAUCCAGCGAUGAUGGAGAAGACUGUGAAGCACAUUGCGAGUGCAAUGGCAGACAACCGAACACCCAUAUUUGGUAUUUGUCUGGGCCAUCAACUUCUAGCAAGAGCCGCUGGCGCCAGCACCCUUAAAAUGAAAUUCGGAAACCGCGGGCACAAUAUCCCAUGCACGAACAUGUUGACUGGAAAAUGUCACAUUACCUCCCAGAACCACGGUUAUGCUGUCGAUGCCAGCAGUUUACCAGCGGAGUGGACUGAGCUUUUCGUCAACGCCAACGAUGGCAGUAACGAAGGUAUCCGGCACAAUACCAAACCAUACUUCAGUGUGCAAUUCCACCCCGAGAGCACGCCGGGCCCGCGAGAUACCGAGUUUCUUUUUGAUGUCUUCAUCAACACGAUCGUGAGCACCGUCGCGGAGAAGGACCUGCUCUCGGCCCCCGUUCAUUUCCCGGGAGGAGAAGCCGCUGAAAACGCAAGACUCAAUCCGAGAGUCGAUGUCAAGAAAGUCCUUAUUCUGGGUAGCGGCGGUCUCAGCAUUGGCCAGGCUGGAGAAUUUGACUACUCUGGAAGUCAAGCUAUCAAGGCCUUGAAAGAGGAGGGAAUCUAUACCGUCUUGAUCAACCCUAAUAUUGCGACCAUCCAAACCUCCAAAGGCCUAGCCGACAAGGUGUACUUCCUGCCUGUGACUGCGGACUUCGUGCGCAAGGUCAUCAUCCGUGAACGACCCGAUUCAAUAUAUGUAACAUUCGGAGGUCAAACCGCUCUUCAGGUCGGCAUCCAGCUCAAGGACGAAUUUGAGGAGCUUGGAGUUAAAGUUUUGGGAACACCUAUUGAUACCAUCAUCACCACCGAAGACAGAGAACUCUUCGCUCGAAGCAUGGAGUCCAUCGGCGAGAAGUGCGCAAAGUCUGCAUCGGCCAACACGGUGGAAGAAGCUAUGCAUGUAGUCAAGGACAUUGGAUUUCCAGUCAUUGUUCGUGCCGCAUAUGCCCUCGGCGGACUUGGUAGUGGCUUCGCCGAUAACAAUGCCGAAUUGCUUGAUCUCUGCAACAAGGCUUUCGCUGCUAGUCCCCAAGUCUUGAUCGAGAGAAGUAUGAAAGGCUGGAAAGAAAUCGAGUACGAAGUUGUUCGAGAUGCGCGAGACAAUUGCAUCACGGUGUGCAAUAUGGAAAAUUUCGAUCCCCUGGGAAUCCAUACUGGAGACUCGAUUGUCGUGGCUCCAUCCCAGACGCUCUCUGAUGAAGACUAUAAUAUGCUGCGCACAACGGCAGUAAACGUUAUUCGACAUCUCGGCGUCGUCGGCGAAUGCAAUAUCCAAUAUGCUCUCAAUCCAUUCUCUAGAGAAUAUUGUAUCAUCGAAGUCAAUGCAAGAUUAUCUCGAUCUUCGGCUCUUGCGUCAAAGGCUACCGGUUAUCCACUGGCCUUCAUCGCAGCCAAGUUGGGUUUGGGAAUUCCUCUGAAUGAGAUCUCGAAUUCCGUAACCAAGGUUACUUGUGCUUGUUUCGAACCUUCCCUCGAUUAUGUCGUGGUAAAGAUGCCUAGAUGGGAUUUGAAGAAGUUCACUCGCGUCUCUACCCAGCUUGGCUCCUCCAUGAAGAGUGUUGGUGAAGUCAUGAGCAUUGGCAGGACGUUUGAAGAAGCCAUCCAAAAGGCCAUCCGAGCAAUCGACUUCCACAACCUUGGAUUCAACGAAACCAAGGCUCUUAUGUCGAUAGAUGAUGAACUCCAAACGCCCUCAGAUCAGCGCCUUUUCGCCAUUGCGAACGCGAUGCACUCCGGAUAUUCUGUCGACAAGAUCUGGGAGAUGACCAAGAUUGAUAAAUGGUUCCUGAGCAAACUCAAGGGACUGAGCAAUUUCAGCAAGAUGAUGUCAACGCUCACUGCCAGCACAGUUUCAAUCGACCUCCUUCGACAAGCAAAGCAACUUGGAUUCUGCGAUCGGCAAUUGGCCAAAUUCUGGGGCUCAAAUGAACUGGCUGUGCGACGUAUGCGAGUUGAAGCGAAAAUCGUGCCAGUCGUGAAGCAGAUCGACACGGUUGCCGCUGAAUUUCCCGCGUUUACAAAUUAUCUAUAUCUGACCUACAACGGCUCAGAAAACGAUAUUACAUUCGACGACCAUGGAGUAAUGGUUCUUGGUUCAGGUGUUUAUCGCAUCGGCUCCUCAGUGGAGUUUGACUGGUGUUCCGUUCGAGCGAUUAGAACCCUUCGUGAAUCGGGCUUCAAGACGGUCAUGGUCAACUAUAACCCGGAGACCGUAAGUACUGAUUACGACGAGGCUGAUCGACUUUACUUUGAGAACAUCAAUCUCGAGUCCAUCCUCGAUAUUUACCAACUGGAGUCGUCGAGCGGUGUCAUGAUUGCCAUGGGUGGCCAAACGCCAAAUAACAUUGCACUUCCUUUGCAUCGUCUUAAUGUCAAGGUUCUGGGCACCUCGCCAGAAAUGAUUGAUUCAGCCGAGAAUCGAUACAAAUUCUCUCGUAUGUUGGAUCAAAUUGGAGUGGAUCAACCUACCUGGAAGGAACUUACGAGCUUCGAGGAAGCAAAGGACUUCUGCAAUGCAGUCACCUACCCUGUCUUGGUCCGUCCUUCAUAUGUUCUUUCUGGCGCAGCUAUGAACACGGUGUACUCCGAACCGGAUCUUGAGGCAUAUCUUCAGCAGGCGGCUGAAGUGUCCCGAGAAUUUCCCGUUGUUAUCACCAAGUAUAUUGAGAAUGCAAAGGAGAUCGAGAUGGACGCAGUGGCCAAGGACGGAGUGAUGGUUGGUCACUUCAUUUCAGAGCAUGUUGAGAAUGCUGGUGUCCAUUCUGGUGAUGCAACUUUGAUCUUGCCUCCUCAAGACCUCGAGCCCACUACCAUCAAGCGAAUUGAAGAGGCAACACGCAAAAUCGGAAAUGCAUUGAACAUUACCGGUCCGUUCAAUAUCCAAUUCAUUGCAAAGGAUAAUGACAUCAAGGUCAUCGAAUGCAAUGUUCGCGCAUCACGAUCGUUCCCAUUUAUUUCCAAGGUCAUGGGCGUUGACCUUAUUGAGAUGGCCACCAAAGCUAUAAUGGGCGUCCCUUUCACCGAGUAUCCUCCAACCCAGCUACCUGAUAAUUGUGUCGGUGUAAAGGUGCCUCAAUUCAGUUUCUCGCGCCUGUCCGGUGCUGAUCCAGUUCUUGGUGUGGAGAUGGCCUCAACUGGUGAAGUUGCUUGCUUUGGUGUCAACAAAUACGAGGCAUAUCUCAAGGCGCUGCUCUCUACCGGCUUCAAACUGCCUAAGCGGAACAUUCUUCUCUCGAUCGGAUCAUACAAGGACAAGAAAGAAAUGCUCCCAUCUGUAGUCAAGUUGCAGAAACUAGGAUAUAAAAUCUUUGCGACAGCUGGUACGGCCGAUUUCCUCCAGGAGCACCAGGUCCGAGUGCAAUAUCUCGAAAUCCUUGGCAAAGAUGAGGAUGACCAAAAGUCAGAGUACUCUCUUUCGCAGCAUCUCGCGAACAAUAUGAUUGAUCUUUACAUCAAUCUGCCUUCGAGCAAUCGUUAUAGACGACCAGCAAACUAUAUGAGCAAAGGUUAUCAGACACGACGAAUGGCCGUCGACUAUCAAACACCUUUAGUGACGAAUGUCAAGAACGCAAAGAUUCUCAUUGAAGCUAUUUCUAGACGCUUUGAACUGGAAAUCAGCAACUUUGAUGUUCAGAGCAGCCACCGAACCGUCGUACUACCUGGUCUGAUCAACAUCGCUGCAUUUGUCCCUGGAAUUGCCACGGUGAACAGCCAUGAUUUCCAGACCGUCACAAGCGCAUCUCUCGCUGCUGGCUUUACCAUGGUUCGUAUUAUGCCUCUGGGGCUAGAUGGCUCGGUUACAGAUGCUGUAGCUCUCGAGACUGCUCAACAGAACAGCAAGCAGGGCGCAAGCUGCGAUUACAACCUUUCCGUCGCUGCAACGUCAUCAAAUGCUGAUCAGAUCAGCCAAGUCACUAGCGAAGUUGGGUCACUGUAUAUCCCAUUUAAUCACCUGUCGGACAAUAUCAGUAAGGUUGCUGCGGUCAUUGCGCAUUUUGAAGCCUGGCCUUGCUUCAAACCCAUCGUUACCGACGCUAAAUUGACUGAUCUUGCAUCUGUUCUGCUGCUCGCCAGUCUCCAUAACAGAAAGAUCCACGUCACCAGUGUUACGAACAAAGAUGACAUCAAAUUGAUCGCGCUUUCCAAGCAGAAGGGAUUGCAAGUCACCUGCGAUGUCUCGGCAUAUGCACUUUUCCUCACGCAAGAUGUCUACCCUGAGGCGAAAAUGCUGCCAACCGCCGAGGACCAGAAGGCACUGUGGGAUAACAUGAGCAUUAUUGAUGUCUUCUCGAUCGGAACCCUCCCCUAUUCUCUCGCACAUGCUGUAGGAGAGGCACCAAAUGCUGCUAUCGGGAUUGCCGACGCAUUACCGCUUCUCUUCUCCGCUGUGGCUGACGGAAGAUUAACCGUGGAUGAUAUCAAAGCUCGCCUCCAUGAUAAUCCGAAAGAGAUCUUUGAGCUCCAUGAUCAGAUCGGUGCUUCUGUUGAGAUCGAGAUUGAUCGACCAUACAAGGCAGCGCCUUCUUCUGUGUGGUCUCCUUUUGUUGGCAAGACUAUGCGUGGAGCUGUUCAGCGAGUUAUCUUCCAGGGUAAAACUGCAUGCCUCGAUGGCGAGCUCUGCCCUGGACCAACUGAUGGGAAGGAUAUGUCUUCGCAUUUGAUUGACUCUCACCUGGUAACGGCCUCUCCAGUCAUCAAAGCAACACCUGGGUCACCCGUCUUCACUCCUCGACCGGACAGCUCUCAUGGACAGCGGUAUUCAUUACUUAGUGCAGCCGCUAUCCGCCCUGCCAUCCGAUCGCGAUUCGUUGACGGCGCUCCUGCCUCUCAAUUGCCUCAGCAAAGAUCUACUGUAGAAGAGCCAAGCUCCCCAUUAUACGGACAGCCCAGUCUCGCACCAUCCCUUCACCAAUUGCUCGCUCAGUCGCCAUUCAAAAACCAGCAUAUUAUCUCUGUCAAUCAAUUUGCACGUCAAGACCUCCAUCUGCUCUUUACUGUGGCACAAGAGAUGCGUCUCGGUGUCCAAAAAGAGGGUGUGCUGUCAAUCCUGAAAGGCCGACUCCUCUGCACCAUGUUCUAUGAGCCGUCGACUCGCACUUCCGCUUCCUUUGACGCCGCAAUGCAACGGCUUGGCGGGCGCACCGUCGCAAUCGCAACUGCUCAUUCCAGUACGCAGAAGGGGGAGUCUCUUGCUGACACUGUUCGGACCCUGGGUUGCUACGGAGAUGCGGUCGUCCUCCGUCAUCCAGACGAGAGUAGUGCCGAAACAGCAGCCAAGUUCUCCACGGUCCCGAUCAUCAACGGCGGCAAUGGUAGCAAAGAGCAUCCCACACAGGCAUUCCUUGACCUGUUCACCAUCCGUGAGGAGCUCGGUACUGUAACGGGGCUCACCAUUACUUUCACUGGCGACUUGCGAUAUGGCCGAACCGUGCAUUCUCUCGUUAAGCUCCUCCAGCACUACGACGUCCAGAUCCAACUUGUAUCGCCUGAAGCUCUAUCUCUGCCCUCGGAAAUCAGAGAUCUUAUCAAGUCCAAGCCGGGUCAACUCCUCAUCGAAACCAAUGAACUGACUCCUGACAUCAUUUCCAAGAGUGACGUUCUAUACUGCACCCGUGUGCAGAAGGAGCGAUUCGAAGACCUGAAUGAAUACGAGAGAUUGAAGAAUAGCUUCGUCAUCACCAAUGAUACAUUGAGGAGCGCGAGAAGUCAUUUGAUCGUUAUGCAUCCACUGCCUAGAAACCAGGAGAUCAGUGAAGAAGUUGACUUUGAUCAAAGGGCAGCGUAUUUUAGACAGAUGAGAUAUGGACUUUACUGCCGCAUGGCUCUAUUGGCAUUGGUUAUGGCACCGUAA